AUGGCUCACAAGAAGCAUAAACCUAAGCAGCCGGGGAUCGAUCACAGAGACAUUUCGGCAGAGGAGGCCGCCAAAGCAAGCUCCAGCAUUGGUCCACAGCCCCUGAUGAGCACCAAACACCAUUUACCGAACGAUGCAGACGAGGUGACAACAUCUGGUCGACCCAAGAAACGUAGAAAAAUCAACAGCAACACUGGACUAGAUCACCAUGACCUACCGGCAUCUGACAUUUCAGAAACCUCAAUAAUAGAGAACAUCGAACGCCCCGAGCGCGCACCCGAUGCCUCUGCCCAAGAGCUACCUCCUGAAGUUCGACAUCUGAGCUCCAAAUACGACUUCACUACGAUGUCAAUCCUUUCUUCAGCUAAGAUCAGCGACAAGGUCAAAAAGGUAUUGCUUCGAGUCGAGAACUUCAGCUUUGCAGACCCGAACUCCAAGCCGGGUAUCGUUGUCUUGCAUGCCAAAUCGGAGGUCGCAAGUAAGAUGGUCAGCAUCGUUGAGAUAGCACGACAAGACAUCGAGCGCGACAAGGGACAGUGGUGGCAGUACUCCAAACUGGACGGACAACUCGCGGAGCUGAAGACCACAUCAGUGAAGGGUAGGGGCGAUGGAAAAAAGCUCGUAGAAUGGCAAAACGAGCGAGCUGGAGAGGAGUCGCAAGGGGGGGUUGAUGAGGUAGGAGGCGAGCCUCGGCGCGCUUCGGAGGAGGUGCAGCAUGAUCAUGAGGUCGUCGAUGGAAACGAAGAAAUGGAAGACGCCUUUGAGAUCAUGGUAAAUCCCAAAGAAGCAGAUCAGAGAGCGAAGCAGUCCGGGAAUGGUAAUGGCAGGAAAAUCAGGGCUACCCCAGUGAUGACGAUCUACUUUGCCAGGGUACCGGUGCCUGGUCUGAAGGAGCUUUACGGCUCUUCGGACCUGUUGCUUCGCUUGGUCAAGCACCUCACCGACGAUUCUUCUACAAUGUCAUCCCAACCCCUCCUGCAGACCGCCCCGGGCAAACGCAUUGCUCUCCCCACCCGAGUCGAGCCCAAAGUCUUCUUCGCCAAUGAGCGCACCUUUCUCUCCUGGCUCAAUUUCACCGUCAUUCUCGGUGGCCUCUCGAUCGGUCUACUGAAUUUCGGCUCCGAUGCCACUUCCCGCAUCUGCGCCGGACUGUUCACGAUCGUGGCAAUGGGCUGCAUGAUCUAUGCGCUUGUGACUUUCCAUUGGCGGGCGAGGAGUAUACGGCUGAGAGGGCAAGGGGGCUUUGAUGAUCGGUUUGGUCCAACUGUGUUGGCGGUAGUACUUGCUGGGGCGGUCGUGGUCAAUUUUGUGCUGCGGGUUACGGGAACAUGA